AUGAAAUUAUCAUUUAAAAAUAUCGCUUGUUUGCUAUUGCUAGCAAUCACUACUCGUUCUUUACUGAUACCCGAUGUCGGUGAAUUAGAAUUGGAAGGUAAAAGAGGUGGUCACGCCAGUAGUGGUGGUCACGCCAGUAGUGGUGGCCACGUCAGUAGUGGUGGUCGUUCUAAUAGUGGCAGUAGUCAUUCUAGUUCUGGAAGUGGUACAAAAGGUUCCAGUAGUGGUAGUUCCAGUAGUAAAGGUGGUUCGGAUACGGAUUCUGUGGUGUCCAGUAGUGAUACUUUAGUCGGAUCUAACUCUGGUUCCUCUCCAAAAGCAGGAGCCCUUGGAAGUAAUGGUAAUUCAAAUUCAAACUCAAAUAGUGGCUACAGUGGUUCUGGAGGAUACAGUGGUUCUAGUGGUUCUCGUGGUUCCAGUGGUUCCAGUGGCUCUAGGGGCUCUGGUAAUUCAAAUGUAGCUGGUGGUGCACUAGGUGGUGCAAUUCUAGGUGGUGCACUAGCUAAUGGUAAUCACCCUGGUCGUACCCAUAGUGGUAGAGGUAAUACUACUACAAACUCUACUACCUCAUCUACCGCUGCAGCUUCAUCAUCUUCUGCAUCCAAGAAACACCAUAACGCAGCUCAUGGAAAUUUUGAUAUGAUGUUUAAAGUUGGUGGAAUGAAUGGUGCUGUCGUAUCUUCAGCCAUGAUAUCCGCAAUGUUAUUAUUAUAA